AUUUUUAAAUGUUGGGGUUCCUUAGCUCCACCGACAUGGAUUCCAUUGAGUGCAAUCGGCUGCAAAUGUCUGAGAUUGCCGUGCGAUGAGUACAUUGUAUUUUACCCCAUCGUUCACAGCUGGCGGCACAAGGAUAUGAAGAAACAUCCGACGUAGAUGUAUCGCGUGGUCGAAUUUCAAGAUUCUUCCGUUGCGGUGGUUCUGUCAUCCUGGAUGAUUAAUAGUGAGGAAGUUCUGUGGGGACGGUUAUCAUCAAAACAGUUACAGGAUUUCCUGAUGCACCGUCUGCCACCACCUGCGUCCGCUGUGACGUACAAAGUACGAAUACACAGUUGUACAGAUGAUUACCUUGAGGCUAA